AUGAAGACCAAAGAAGGUAAUGAUUUCCAAGAAUGUCGCAGUCGAUUAGUUGAGCGUGGAGAACUGUUCUUGGAGAAGGUGACCAAAUCUCGUGACAAGAUAAGCAAAUUGUGCAAACCGUUUCUUCGGGAUGGAAUGACUAUACUCACCCAUUCUCGGUCCCGUGUAGUUCUACAAGUCCUGAAGGAAGCAGCCCGCGACAAGAAGCGUUUCAAUGUCUUCGUCACAGAAUCGAGGCCAAAUGAAAGCGGACGUGUUUUGUGCAAUGAGCUAAAGAAAGCAAACAUCCCUGCUCUGUUAAUUCUAGACGCUGCUGUGAGUUCUGUCAUGCCAGAUGUUGAUCUGGUUCUUGUUGGUGCUGAAAGUGUUGUAGAAAGUGGCGGAAUCAUCAACAGGAUUGGUACCUUCAACAUUGCUCUUGCUGCCAAAGCCUUCAACAAACCAGUUUAUGUUGUGGCCGAAUUCUUCAAGUUUGCUCGGUUUUUCCCCCUCACUCAAAAAGAUCUCCCCAAGAAAUUUGAAAACCCUUUGGGUAUAAUUUAUAUAAGUUUGUAA